CUGAGUCAGCGGCCAUGCGCAGAUGGAUCCAGAGGAGGGCUGUGCUGUGUAGGCUGUAGUCUACAUAAGAUCUGUGCCUGCGGGGCUGCACACUCACUGCCGACCUGCAAAUCACAGGCAGCAACUGGAGGCUUCACUUUGCAUUUGAAUCAUCCGAGAGACGCACUGGUUUUUUUUUGUGUGUGUGUUGUUGUUUUUGUUUGUUUCAUGAGGAAAACAUAAAUCCAGGAUAAACCCUCCUCCUCCUCCUCUUCUUGCUACUGACCAUCUCGGACCCCGCGGAUGCAGAGAGCAGCAACGAUGCGGCGGCUCUGCUGUUAAACUCGUUGGACCCCCUCUUCCUCCUCCUCUUCCUCCUUCUCUCUCCCUUUUUUUUUUUUUUUUGCCGGUUUUUUUUUUAAUCUAAAGGAGGCAGAAUAAACCCACAAUGAAGCUCAAGCCGAACCAGACCAGGACAUACGAUGGCGAGGGCUUCAAGAAACGAGCAGCGUGUCUGUGCUUCAAGAAUGAACGUGAGGAAGAGGUUCUGCUGGUCAGCAGCAGUCGGCACCCGGACCAGUGGAUCGUCCCCGGAGGCGGGAUGGAGCCAGAAGAGGAGCCGUGUGGUGCUGCAGUGCGAGAGGUGUUUGAGGAGGCUGGCGUGAAGGGCAAACUAGGACGUCUGCUCGGUGUAUUUGAGCAAAACCAAGAUCGGAAGCACAGGACGUACGUGUAUGUGUUGACUGUCACAGAAACGCUGGAGGCCUGGGAAGACUCCGUCAACAUAGGCCGUAAGCGGGAGUGGUUCACCGUCGACGAGGCCAUCAAAGUGCUGCAGAGCCACAAACCCGUCCACGCCGAGUACCUGAGGAGGCUCCAGCUCAGCUGCUCCCCAACCAACGGAAACUCCAUCCUCCCGAGCCCACCGCCGAACGACAACUACCCCCAUUACAGCGCCACCGCCACCACUCCCUCGACGGGCAGCGUGUUGGGCACCUCCUGCAGAUAGGACUGCACCAAAACUUGUGUCCUGUCCAGCUCGGGCACUUCACUGAAAGUCUGUACAGUCUUGCAUGAAUCUAACGACUUUACAGAGUUACGGCUCUCCUGUAUGUAUAAUUUCUAGUCUUAGCUGCAGGACAGACCAAAGCCAUCGCCAGAACUGUGUUAAAGACUCGUGUGACAGAGCGGGAGAAGUCUCUGACAGAACAACUGUGGAUAUAGCUAUCUCAAGAACUCUUUUUCUUUUGCUGGCAAACACCAGACUGAUGAGCUGAAGCUUGGGAAGAAGAAGCUGCAGUGGACUCCGCGUGCGUUAAUGACCUGGUGAAGGAAUGCCUUACAGAAACUGUAUGAAUGUUGUAUUUGGGUUGUUUUAUUUCACUAACGGCCAUUUUUAUUUUAUUUUUAGCAGAAUGGAUAUUUUUUUCUAGUCAAUAAAAAGAGUAAUUGACCCCAAAGCACGUCCAUGUGGGGAAUGUUUUCAGACUUAAUAAUGUUUUAGUCAUCAACCCAUGAUGAUGAUAACGGCAUAUAUCAUAUUCUACUACAUAGAUCAUGGAUAAAAAAAAAAAAAAAGCCUGAGCAUUGAUAUGUUGCAUUUUAAUGUAAAGUGGGGAUUUUUUUUUUCACACAAUGCAAUCACUAAUUAACUUUUUUCUAAAGAUUAAGUUUUGGCCUGAAGUGAUAAAGCCACCUCCAACAUCUCCUUUCUACAAAAUUAAAUGGGGGAAAAUGCCAUGAUAGGAAUGUCUUUCAGCCCAAAAAGACAGGGUCAAAGGUCAAAGACGUACUAUCUCACAGGACUACCAGCUGUCAGGGAGUUGAUACUAAACUAAAAACUGGAUAUGAGUCAUGAUGCUGUGUUUAUAGUUAAACUUUAACCUCUAAGGUUUUACAUGUCCGCUAACCUUGACUGUUCCAACAAACUGUUGUCCAUUUAAAAGCCACAUACCUUUCGUCAGUGUUUACUGUUUCCCAUGUUGUCACAGUGAAAGUAUUUAAUGCUGUAAAAGUACAUCUCUGCCUUAGGUAUUGUGCUGCUAGGGUCAAUUGAGUUUAUUUCAACUCUGGUCAUUUAAAAAGUGGAUUUUUCUUCAAAUCAUUUGUGUAUUUUACUUUAAAUGAAAAUUACUGUGGUUGACUGCUCUAAAUCUCUAAAUUAAUGCUCAGCAGUUUUUAUCAUGACUCAUGGUGCUGCAAGGCAAUUGAAAACAAGAAACGACAACCAAAUGACGUAAUUUCCAUGUACUAUGUGAUUGUUUCCUCCACCACCUGCAGGUAACUAAGAUUACUUGAGCCUACGGCUGCAACUAAAAACUACUUUCAUCAUAGUUGCAUUUGACAAUUAUUUGCUUGAUUAAUCAAUUUAUGAUUCGGUCUAUAAAAUGUAGAAAAAGAGUUAUCACAGUUUCUGUCCAUCAGUUCAUCAUUUCAGCUCUACUCGUAUCCCACUAAGUCUGGGGCAGAUUUUACUGGUUCAUAAAAUACAACAUCCAUCGAGUCAGUGUCCGGGGCCCCCUUUCUUUCUCUCUUCAUGUGUCCUAUAUGUAUUAUAUACUGUCAAUUAAAGGCAAAUACAACUACAACAACUACAUUUAGAAUAUGGAGACAGAAGUCCAAAGAAAAAUGGCUCAACUCAGCAGUUAAACUGUAAUCAUUUCAGAUAAUGUUUUGCUUACGUAAGCGUUCUCGCUGAAAAGAGACACCCACUCACUCCUGUGUUGACAGCUGAAUGACGACUAGUAACCAUACAGAGAUUUGUAAAUAGCUUUGAAGAGAAACAUUGAACAUGUGUUUUUAACCUGAAUGAAUCUGUAAAAUUUAUCUUAAUAUUUUAUAUAUUUUUUAACAAUGUAUAAAUUGCAGGAAAAAAAACAUGUAGAAAACCCACUGAGAACAGUAUGUACAGUGUAUUUGUAUCAAUGACAAUGUGCCACAGGUUUAGGAUAUGAAGGCUGGUUGGUUUGUGUCUAAUGAAAUAGAGACGGUUGAAUUACUGCAUUUUAAAAUCACAGUUUGGUGAAAUCAGUGUGUCUGUCCAUUAUGAAUGAAGAUGAUCAGUGAGACGCACGAAAUAAAGACCGGAUAGAUUUAAUUUAUAUAUAUAGCAUCUUGCUAAUCAACUUGUGAGCAUCAGGUACACAAGACUGAGUAUUAAUAUAGACAUAAAUGAUGAAAUUGGAUUUUUAUAACUUUUUUUUGGGGGGGGAUAUGCAGUUUUAGAAAAUAAAGGCAGGGCAGUAAUUAUCAGAGAAAUGUUUUGGAGGCUUCGGUUAAACUGAAAAGUUGAAUUUGUCAUACACUUUCACUUUCACAGACAAAUAUUAAUUGUCUUGUUUAUUCCCCAUGUGACCCAGACUUAUCUUUCAAAACUCAUUUCAACUGCUCCAUUACAGCGUUUUAUCUGCAGUAUCAUAAACUCUGAUACACCAAUUCAGCCAUCAUAAACUUUUCAGCCUAGUGUGGUGUAAAUAAGGACUCCAACCACCUCAAACCUCUGUAUGUGUGUGUGUGUGUGUACACGUAUGUAUUGUUGGUUGAUGAACGUGAAAUAUGAUGUGCCAAACUGAAAAAAAAAAAUUGUUGGUGUUCAGGUGGGAAAAAAGUUUUAAUGUCACAUUAAAUCAUACAGAUUUCUAGGCCAAAAUUAUAAUAACCUUAAACAUUGUUAUGAUUCACUUAAUUAAUGUAAUUUCAGAAUAUAACCAUUAUAAUGUGAACAAGUGUGUUUUAAGAGCUGCAUCUUUCAAUGUUGAAAUAAUGAUUAAUGAACCACAUGCACUUAUUCUUUUUACCCCAUACUGUUUUUAAAAUCCACUCGCCAUGUGAAAUAAAGUUAACUCAAACCCAUUAAUCAUCAAGUUAUGUGGCUCAGUGUCCCCCUGAAACACCUUUCUCCAACUGUUGGACCCUGUGUUUGAUGCUUGGGUCUAUGUUGAACUAUGAAUGCUGCUUGUUUGGGGUAAAGCAUGACAGUGUGGAUACGAAUCCAAUAAAUGAAAUGUAUGCGCUCAAGUACAAAAAAAAUGUAAGACACUAAACGACCGGUGUCGUGUGUGUUUGAUGGAUUUUGGACAGCUUGAUUGUUUGCUGGACACAUUGUAAUGUCACAUUGGUGUAUACGGAGAAUUUUACUCAAAUCAACUGAAAUAUUUGUCACCAUUUUGUCAUGAAUAUUAUGCACAGAAAAGUUUCAUGUGAACGUGAUUUGAAGACCUGGACUGGAAAGAUUGUUUCUGAGAAAAAGAUUGCAUUAAAGGGGGAAAAAUCUUA